AUGAUUUAUUUGCAGCUGUUCAGUCUUGAGCAGCUCAAAUGAGCCUACUUUAUUUUAUUUCAUUACUCUGUUAAUUCUUUAAGUAUGUUCCCACAGUAUCAUAAAUAAUACCUGUUUCUAUGACACAGUUUAUUGUCAUUAAGGCUAUUUUAGCACUUAAAACUUGUUAAAUCGAACAAAUGUCAGAUUUCUACUUUAAUAUUCGAAUCAUAUUUAAUCAGACUUCAAAGAACAUGGAUUAAAUGUCCACGUUCUGGGUGGAAACACGCAUAUUUUAUAAGAUUUGGACCCGUCUCCUGACAGCGCAGCACUUGGCUGACAUUUGUAGUCCUCGGCUGGAAGCAGCUGCAGAGUGAGAGCUCUUCGCGUUCCGCCGCCUCUCUGCUGAAAAUCGUUCCACUACGUCAGGUCGUCCCGUCCGCUCGGUGAAGAUGUCUGCGACGGGUACAGGCGGCUGUGGACCCGGACCCGGACCCACCUCUGGCUCCGGGUCCGGGGCUUCGAACCCCCGAAAGUUUAGCGAGAAGAUAGCGCUGCACACCCAGCGACAGGCCGAGGAGACGGCGGCCUUCCAGGAGGUCAUGAUGGACAUCACCUCGACCAGGCUCCAGGCCCAGAAGCUCCGUCUUGCCAGGAGUCAGGGUCCGUACUACAGCGGCUCGCUGCCCAACGUCAACCAGAUCGGCAGGAACCCCCAGGACUUCCAGGGCUCCUUCCCAUCCACUCUUGAGUCCAACCGGUCUACUCGGCAUCAUGGUCUGGUGGAGCGAGUCCAGAGGGACCGCCGGUUCAUCUCGCCGGUCAGACCGUACCGCAACCGACAAGUGGACAGUUCGCCGUAUAACUCCGCCUACCUGUCCCCGCCUCCUGACCCCAGCUGGAGAAGGAAUUGGUCCGGAAACUUCCCCGGGGAUAAAAGCCAGUUGUUUCGUCUCCCCACCACUGCACUCAACAGGACCAACUCUGACUCAGCCCUCCACACCAGCGUGAUGAACCCUCCCACAGGAGACCCCUUCACCACGGGAGGACCCACCCUCACCCCACAGAGCAACAGACGCACGGGUCAGAGUGAUGGAGAGGGCAGAAGAAUGUUUCCGUACCCCGUCCCACCCAUCGAAGAGAACGUGUUGGACGAGGGCAAACUGCUCAAACCCUGGGACACCAAGAAGUUGCCUCUGUUGUCGUCCCGCCCAAAGUCUUGUGAAGUCCCUGGUAUCAAUAUCUUUACGUCCCCGGAGCAGCCGUCCACGCCGGCUCACGGCGUCCCGUCAGCACUCAACACCGGCGGCUCGCUGCCCGACCUGUCCAGCCUCCACUUCCCCUCCCCGCUGCCCACGCCGCUUGACCAGGACGAGCCUGGCUACCCAGGAUCUUCCUCUCUGAGUGGGGGGAGCAGCACGGGGAACCUGGCCUCCACCCUCACUCAACUGGGCAUCAACGCCGCCAACGCACAGGGAGGCAAUGGCAACUUCCACCACCACACACAAGGUCUCCUGGCGGCUCUACAGAGCACGCUCAGUCACCCUCCCUGCAGUCAUCGCUAGCACCCCAACAUCCAAUCAUCUCUCAGCAGCCACUCCUUCUCCAACUCUCUGAGCUCUGCCUCUCUGCACUCGUCGCUCAGCAACCCUUCGCUGCAGUCGUCCCUCAGCUCCUCCCCCUCCCUGCAGUCCUCCCUCAGCAGCCAAUCGCUGCACUCCUCCCUCAGUAACUCCUCCCUUCAGUGCGUGUCCAGCAGUAACCCGGCUACCAAGCGAGUGGGCGGCUCCAGCUCCUGCUCCUCCUCCUACCCGCCGCUGCUGAGUGGACAGGGCCAGCCGCCACUCAGCACGUCGCCACGGAGACCGCAACUCUCGCCACUCAUCCUGCCCAUGGGAGGGGAGCCACGGAGGCAUCACUCCAAACAGUUCUCCCCCAUCUCCCCCCCCCUGUCCUCCAUCACACAGGGCGUCCCUCUGGACACCAGCAAACUGCCUCUGGACCAGAGGCUUCCUCCGUAUCCGCUCAGCCAGUCCCACCAGCCUCUCCCCGGUCUGCAGGGCUCCCAGCCAGGCCAGCAACCUUCUCCGCUGGGCCAACAACACCACCACCAACAGCUGCACCGCCUCCAGCAGCAACGGCCCAACGCUCAGCAGCAGCAGCAGCAGCAGCAGCAGCAGCAGCAGCAGCAGCAGCUCCACCUGCAGAACCUACGCAACACACACAACCAGCACAUGCAGCAGCAGCACUUUGGAACGCAGCAGCAGCAGCAGCAGCAGAGGCCCAUGGGGCAGCAGGUGAACACGGCGAACACGCAGCUGAUAAAGAACGAGCGGGCGAUGGAUCAGUGCGGCCUCCAGAGCUCGUCCUCGUCCUCGCAGUGUCACGUCAAACAGGAAGUGGACGGCCUCCCUCAGCUGCAGCAGAUCAGCCACAACCUGGCCACAGACCUCUACAACGAUGCCUUGUUCAACUCUCUCCUGGACGACCCGUACCUGAGUCUGCAGCUCACGGGCAAAUCCAACCAGCAGUUCACAGCAGACAACCAGGGCGACUGUCUGUCUCUGAACCACAGCGGGCUGAGCUGCGGCAGCACUGACAAGAACCAGUUCCCCUCCAACACCCACGGGCCCCUGGACAUGCAGGACCCCGGAGACCAGCAGCUCCUCAACAACCAGAACCAGAACUACAGCGGCGGGGACGGACGACUCAACGUGCCCAACAUCAUCCUCACUGGUGACUCACCGCCGGGUCUGUCUAAAGAGAUCGCCAGCGCUCUGUCUCACGUCCCCGGCUUCGAGAUGGAUCCCUUCUCUCUGGACGACCCGCUCAGGAUGGACCCGCUGGCUCUGGACAUGCUGGACGGUGACCUGAUGCUCGCCGACCCGGCAGUAGAGGACUCCUUCCGAUCCGACCGGCUGAAGUGACGCCCCGCGCCCCUCCCUCUGCUCCAGGAGCUCGGUGGGAAUCGGCGAAGAGACGGGCCACCCGGAUGGAGGUGGAGAGGACCGACCCACCACCUUACCACUCCCCCACCCUUACUCCCCCUCCAACCAGACGGUCUGCAGAGCGAGGUUUGGAAGAAACUCCGGCGAUGAGACGUGUCUGACCUGAGAUUUCUGAACAAACCGAAGGAGGGAGAAUUCUCCGUCAAAGGCACUUAACUGAAAAAACGCUCUCGCAAUGCUUGAAGUCAAGAAGACGCUUCUCUUUUUUUAGGCAUUAGCUUGUACGAGUCUUAUCUGCAUGUUAAUGGAAAAUGCACUCGCGUUAAUGCAACACGCAGGAAUAAAAAAUGCUCACGUCAACGUCGCCUUUACGUAACAAACCGUCUGUAAGAACCAGCAACGCUCGGAAGAACCCGAACAGCAGCAUUAUGCAGCCCGAUAACGUGGGGACGCUCCCUGAUCUCUGACUGUUCUCUGCUCCACGCCGGACAUCACGCCACGGGAAAGACAACGUGUCGUCAGGUUAGGAAAAAAAAAACAACCAAUCAGAGGUUCCCUCUGCUUUGACAGGAACUCAGCCAUGACUCAAAAAAGGAGCUAGACCAAACAGAUGCACUCGUCAAUCAGAAGAUGGUCGUACGCAGCUCAAACGUCCUCUCAGGAGUGCGGUGAAUCGUGAUGUUGCCCCGUGUGUCAAGUUUAAAUCAUCCUGUGAUCAUGUCGGACGCUUUCUUCAAAACACUUCGACCUCGUUUACAUGCUCCGAAUAUUCCCCCCCGAAAAAGAGAGACAGUAUUCACUGAGCUGUUUACGGCUCAGUUUAACACGUCCAAAAAGCUGCUGAUGUGAAAUGUUGGCUAGAGAAGACUGGACGUCGUCUCUGUGACGCCCCCUACAGGUUUCUCCCACCUGUCCAUCAAAGCGUCCACGCUCUUAAUUCUGCAUGAAGAAACAAGCGUCCGGUCUGAUCACUGGUGAUCAUAUUUUAGUUUAUGUGACGGAGGCUGAAACAUGUUGCUGCCCACAACAACAACGGCUUCACGCUUCGACGCUUUGAGCAGCUCUCCCACAUCUUCCGGUCAAGCGUCGAUCAUGUUUCAUCUCCCGUGAACACGUGAACACGUGUGCGUUCGCAGCAUCGUGUUUCAGCCUCGUCCUGACGUGUGCGUGUGCCUGCUGCUGUCUUUAGAUUUUACAGUCUCGUCCACAUUCCCUCCAACGGACAAAAGUCUUUGGUGAAUGCGCUGACGAUGCAUCGGAUGCACUUGCCUGUGGUCACGUGUGAUUGGCUGCAUUUCUAACAGAGAAUUAUGCAUUUCAACGAUGAAACUGAAUGUGUUGAAAGAGAACCAGAGGUUCGCAGCGGCUUCUCUCAGUUAUUGAAUUCAAACGUUUGAACAUGUGCAGGAACGCCCCUCAGGCUUCAGCUUCAUCGCUUUCAGGUCCAAGUUUUAAAGGGCGAUUCCACCAACGCUCAUGCUGUUUCAUCCAAACAAGCUGCAACUAAUCAUUACCAUAUUAUAGAUUAGUUAUUUUAUCAUAGCAUAUCUGAGAGCAGGAAACGAGCAGGGUGACCGAGGCUUGCUCAAAUACGAUUGGAGCACAGACCGAAAAGAGGCGGGACUUAGGAAGAGUUUUCAACAUUUCAUCUGCAGAUUUUAUCGCUAACCAUCCUCAUUUGUUUACGUGCUUUGUAACUACGCCCAGCAGUGAUGUCACGGCGUCCUGGAGUACACCUGUACAUCAUGUUCUGUUGUUGGUGGGAUUGCCCUUUAAAUCCCAGUCACUGUGAUUGACAGCCCUUAGCCCCGCCCUUUCUGCCUGCACUUUGCUGCACCUGUUUUUCAAGCCCCGCCCAGGGGGGUGGAGCAUAGCAACGUAUUUUUAUGUAACAAAGGUAAAAAAACAAAAAAAAAUCUUAUUAUUCUAAUUAUUCUGACUAUAAAGAAGUUUUAUUUUUUAAUCCAAAGUGGUUGAAAUCUGUAUGUAAAUAAUUUCUCAGAUAAUUAAAAAAAAUAAAACGUAUAAAAGUAUAUUUAAGAAGAAGAAGAAAAAAACCAGCUUGUAGAAGUUUGAAGUCGCUCGCGGUCGGAGAGAACAAACAGCGUGUGAGAGAAUUUAGAGUCCGUGUAGUUUUGAAAUGUUGUCUGGUCACGCCUGACGUCAGACCAGGUCCAGGCCCAAGUCCUGGUCCAGGUCAAAGUCAAGUCCUGGUCCAAGUCCUGGUGUUGUUUUUAGAGCUUCAGGAAGCUUUGCCAAUGCCGUCAGUUCAACCAUGAUCUCGACCAUUUAAUCUUUAAUUUCACAUCCAGCAUCAUCAAUAAUCCGUUUUCUACAAUAAUAUUUUUAUACAUCAUCAAGUAGAUUCUCCUCUGAUGCCAUUGGUUGACUGAGAGCUUACCUUGGGGGGGCGGGACCUCCCGUUAAAGGUUGCAAAGAUGAUUGACAGAAAAAAGUGUAAAAAAAAAAAAACAACAAAAAAUGCGAACGUCAAAAAAAAGAUUCUCGCAGCCGGUGACGAGAUUUCCCAACUUUAUUUAUUCAAAAUAAAUAUUUCUUAUUAUAUUUAUUUCAUUUAAACGACUUUGUUUGAAACUGUAAAAUAAAAAAAGCAGAAAUUGAAGAAAAUUCAAAUUUUUACAUCAAUUUGAUCAAAUCUAAUUUUCAAAAGUUGAAUUCAGGUUUUCUGUUUUCAUCUUUUUUUAUUAAUAAACUGAUAAAUGUUCGACUAACCGUUGAUCGUUUUGGAGGUUAUUAUCGCAGGUCUGGAAAGUCCUGGAAAUCUGUUUCCAGGUCUUGAAUGUUUCAGGAGAUGCAGGAGAAGUGAAAGUUUAUUGGAUGGAUUUCAUCUUUAAUGAGGCGCUGUAAAUAAGGUCGCGUCCUGACUAAUUAAUUAAUUAACGUGCCUGAAGUUUAACGAGUCCCGAGUCUGACUGCUGCCCUCUGCAGGUCAGUCCAGGUGUAGACGAGAAUUGCCGUCGAGUUCUGAGCAGAGAUCAGUCGUGUCGGCGCCGGCAGCCGACGGCGAGAUGAUGAUGUUAAUAAAAAGAAGUGCAAGGAAGGAGCAGCCAUGUUGGAUGAAAAUGUUACUGCACUAAAGUUACAAGCAGGAUGGAACUCGGUUUGAUGCGUUUGUCGAUUUUUCAGCAGUUUUUUUUUUUUUUGUUUGAUGCUUUUGUGACGCCGUGGUCAAAUGUUGGACAGAUUUUGUGUCAGGACAGAAAGUUGAUUUGGUUGAAGAACAAAAAAAAUCUUUUAAAAAGUUGUUUCUUCUUUUUCUUUUUAUUUCAGCUACUAGAAAAAAAUUAAAGUCAAACAACAGAAACUGAAAGAUAUAACUAAGUGUGUAAAUCACAGAAGACACCUGCGGGUCGUUAAGACCACCUACGGGUCGUUAAGGACACCUGCGGGUCGUUAGGGACACCUGCGGGUCGUUAAGGACACCUGCGGGUCGUUAAAACCACCUGCGGGUCGUUAAGACCAUCUGUGGGUUGUUAAGGACACCUGCGGGUCGUUAAGGACACCUGCGGGUCGUUAAGGACACCUGUGGGUCGUUAAGACCACCUGUGGGUCGUUAGCUGAGCAGUUGGAGCAAAUAUAUUGUGAAGAAAAUCUGAUCCAGUUUUAAUGAAGUUCUGAAGGUUCUGUACAGUAAUACCUGAAAACACUGAAAACACUUUGUGUCAGUGUUGGACAGACACUGGAGGACAAAAACAAAUCAGGUUCGUUUAGGACAACGAAAGCUCAUCAGUGAGGAUCAAAUCAGUUCUUUAAUUCUAAAGUUUUAUUUUGACACUUUCAGUCAUUUAAUUUGAAAACAGGCGUCACAAAGGUCAAAGGUCAGAAAUUCAGUCGAGGAAACAAAAAGUUGCUUCAGAAUAAAUCCUAUAAUUCACCUUUCUGUUCGUUACACUGACGUCAUCCUGUGUGUGUGUGUGUGUGUGUGUGUGUGUGUGUGUGUGUGUGUGUGUGUGUGUGUGUGUGACAGAAGCAUCUUGCCGUUAUGCAAUAAACCUGUUGUGAGUUAACAUGCAGUUCCAGACUCUGCCAGUAGGGGGAGCUGUUGACCAGCGAGGUUGUGCGUGUGUGUGUGUGUGUGUGUGUGUGUGUGUGUGUGUGCGUCCAGACUAGGGAUCAGUUAAAGGCCAUAUUUCAUAUUUUUUCACAUUUUUUAUUGAUGUUCAUGAAUCGCUCUCAUAUCCUUUAAUGUUAUUAGUUUUCAUGUUUUCGGCUCCGGAGGAUAAACUUCGUCGUUCUGCUUUUUAUUUGAAUAAUAAUUGUUUUGUUUUCUUCAGAUUUUUAUUUGAACCUUGUAAUAAAUAACCAGGGAAUGUUGAGUGUGUUGUACAUAUGAAUAUGUUUGUUUCAAACCAGAGGUGCUUCUGAAGCUAACAGGAGAGAUUUUUAAAGAGACUGUACCGUCACAUUAUUUUCCAGAAAAUAAACAAAUGAAACCUGGAA